AUGGCACCAUCAUCGUCUUCACAGGAGCCCUCCCACUUCGAGGUACUCUCCCUGACCCCAAACUCACUCGACGGCCAGGACUCCUCCACCCAGGCCAAGACUGUGAAACAGGCGUACCGGCGCGCCCUGCUCAAGCACCAUCCAGACAAGAACCAGCAAGCCAAGGCCCAGGACUCGCCAGCGGAUCCGGCCGAGACCAAGAAAAAGAACGGAGAUGAGCAAUUCACCGUGGACCAAAUCACCGAGGCCUUUACCGUCCUCAGCGACACGCGGCAGCGCCGCGAGUACGUCCGCUCACUGCAGACGGAGUCGCGGACCUCGACAACAGGGGGAGGCGGCGGCGCCAACUUUUCUUCAUCGUCUCGCCAAAAGCAAGACUACACCUACCAGCAGACCUUUAACUUUAAGCACUCGCAGCAGCAGCCGGCGCAGCAGCAACAGGCCCGCCCGCACUCGUCCUCGGGCGUCGAGACGGUGGAUCUCGACGACGUCAAGUGGGACGGCAAGAGGCAAGUGUACCACCACACGUGCGGCCGGUGCGGCACCGACCGCGGCUACUGCUUCCGCGAGCUGGAUCUGGACGAGGUGGGCGAGGACGGCGAGCUCAUGGUCCAGUGUACUGGGUGCUCGCUCUGGCUGCGCGUCUUGUUUGACGAGGCUGAAGACGACGAGGAUGACGAGGAGCGGCAACAAGGUGGUGCCGGCAAGGAUGUCAAGUCGCGGAGCGGGAGUCAGGGAGAGGAGCUGCGGCACACUACGAGCGGCAGUUCGAGCGGCAAGAGCGGCGGCUGGAGCUGGAAGUUCAACUUUGGCAUUUCUAUUGGAGGAGGUGCCAGUGCUAGUGCCAGCGCAGGACGAAAGUGA